AUCUAUAAAAUUAUACAGAUUAUACCAUAAAUAGAUUGACAGAAGAAUGUCAAAAUUCCUGUUACAUUUUAAGUAAUUUCGUCGAAAUGAUCUAAAUUCUAGUGUUGAAUCAAAAUUCUCGUAUUUUAAAGGAAAUUUAAAAGUCAUGUCUUUAAAGUGCCCCUCGACUCUACCUAUAGUGAUUGAUGCUCAUAAAAAAUGGCUAAAAACUCUUCAUGAUGCUCAGACGCUGAUCGAAAAUGAUAUGGACUUACAGGAGAAAGCUGCUCAGGGCCUUUGGCUGAAGGAGCGUCGAGUGCCACCAGAAGUCUUAGGAACUAUGUAUUCUGAAUACUGCAGUCUAAUAAACCGAAUGUAUGACGCAUAUCUUAAUAGCACACAUCUACAGAGAGCGCCCUACAUAAAACCUUUGAUAAGUGUUUUUAUGAAACGUAUGUACGAGCUACGGAAUGAAUUAGUACAUCUAAUAGUGAAUGAUUAUAUUUACGUUGAUGAUGGCUUAAUACAGACCAGAAGAACUCCAUUCGAUAUUCAGAUAAUUAUACCAUACCACUUACCUUUGGAAUGCAGAGAAGACUCUAUGGAACACCUCUUGCAAAAGAUGUGGGCUGAUUCUAUUGCCAGGAAAAAUGCUCCACCACCUAAGAAAGUCCAAUCGCAAAAUGUAUUCGAUGAUGACAUCGGUUUUCCGGCGCCUGCACAUCAAUUUGUAUCGGAGGAACAAUUCGUUAAAGAGGUCAGCGAACACACGAUAUAUUCAGAGGAAUAUCUACAGGCUAUUGUAAUACAACGCCAAGAAAGAUUUCGACAAUACUUCAACGAGGACUUUAAAGCAAAGUGCAGAAGGAAGAGAAUGUAUUUCGCCGAUAAUGUAAGAGAGGCACCUUUAUAUUUAAGAAGACAAGCAGCUAUGUUGAUUCAGAAGGUUUACAGGAGAUAUAUGCAAGUAAAGAGACAGCGUGUGGUCGAUACAAAAAGAGAUGUGUUAUUGGGUCUUAUACCAGAUCCUUUCAGAAAGGGAUUAAGUUAUGAAGAAGAAAAUAAUAAGAUGUAUUUAAGAAAGAGAAAUAUACGCACAAAGCUGAAUGAGACCUAUAAAACGGCAUUUGAGAAGGAGAAUACAAGACUUGUAGUCUUUAAAAAGGAUGACCAAAUCGAUGAUAUAACAGACCAUGUCAGGACCUGGUUUAGAGAAUGGUUCUAUGGAUAUGGUUUCUUCCCAGAGUACCCUUACGAAAUUGAAGGUGGUACAGUAAUGGUGAUACGUGGACAAUACCCAACGAUUCAAGAGAAGAAAGAAGACGAUGAACGAUACCUAGCGACUAUGAAAGGGAAGACAAAAGAGAUGUUAAAAGCUGAAGCCAAACAAGCGAAAUUAGAUGCUAUACAAAAAGAGUUAGCAGCUAAAGAGCAGAAGAAAAGAGAAGAAGAACAGCUGUUUCGUCUACGCUGUAACCCGCUCUCAGACCCUGGCUACCAGCCACAGACAUCCCAAGUUAUGGGGGACAUUGUAGAGGUUCUUCAGAAAUAUCAAGCAGCUUGGUCCAUAUAUGAUGAGUUCCCUCCUGACAAAUGUCCUGAAGCCUUCUUCGGCUACAUGCAAGAGAUACUAACAGAGGAUUUAAUGGGUCAAAUACAUUUAGACUGCAGGAAGUACGUGGAUGAGCUUAUGAGGUUAGAUCUGAAGUUACUGAUAAAGGCACACCAAGAAAUGUACAAAUCUGUCGGUUGGAAGUUUCCAAAAAUGCCUACAAGGAAGAAACCGAAAGCGCCACCAGUGCCAAAACCAUUGAAAAUCAAUGAUGGUUUAUUAGAAAGUUUUCACAAAAUAUUCGACCUUGGCCUUGUUUCAAAACCGACUAAUAAAAUAAAGGAAAUAAUUGGCGACUUGAAUUAUUACGCAUAUGAUGUUAACAUACGAGAUCCAGAUGCCAAAUUUCCCCCACCAUCCUACGGUGAUAUACGUAGACGACUGACAUUAUCAUGUGUUUAUGGGUCGGGAAUCGAACCGGGAGCGACUCGAAAUAAAGCUGUAAUGCUAUUGGGACCACAACGUAACGGAAAGUCGUUUUUGGUAGAUACAGUUUGUGGAGAAUUAAACGCAGUUAAAAUUGAUAUAACACCGGAGGUAUUUAGUGCGCACGUUGACAAACCGGCGAAGGCUUUGACAGAAGUGUUUUUGGCGGCAAAAGUUUUUCAACCGACUGUCAUCUAUAUGAGGAAUAUUGAGCGGGUAUUUUGUAAAAAGGUGGCACCAGAAGACAAAUACCUUCAAGCAAAAGCAAUGGCAGUUCCGCUUAAUAAAUUAAUCAAACAAAUUAUACCUGAUGACAAAAUUAUAUUUAUUGCUACAUGCUCUAGCCCAUUAAUCGCUCAAACAAAACCGAUGGUGUCUCUAUUUAACGAAAUUAUUUUAGUACCUAGAACGGACUAUAACAGUUUACGGACAUUUUUCUGUGACCGGUUACAAAUGAUCCGAAGUAUGCCUCGUGACUACUGCGUGCAGGCGUUGGCUCAAGUGUUACAAGGAUAUGGAUUCGGGAUCAUAGUUGAAGUUUUUAAUAGAGUACUAACGCCUGAGAGAAUCGUAAGAUUGAACGUAACUCCACUUACGCCAGCGGAAUUCUUAGAUCCCAUCUUUCAAAUUGGGCUAGAAGCUACGACUAUGGAGGAAUAUCAAGAAUUCGUUGAUUUCUACAUAGCAAACUCACCAUUAUCCAUCGAAAGACCACAGUUUGAGAAAAUCAAUAGUAUAAGAGCUGUGCUUUACGAGAAAUUGAAAAAGAAAACGCAAUCGUAAACCUUUUUUUAAUUAAUUAAAAUGAAAUAGUCACCAUCCCGACCUUAGAACUGAUUAUUUAUUUGAUACAUUUAUAGUUAAACGCUAUCAAUUAAUUUUGACGCUACAAAUAUCACCAACAUGUCGAAAUAAUCAAUUCUACGAUUGUACCACGACAAUAAUUAUAGAGAAAACUAUUAAAAUUAUUGUGAUCCAAAGUUUGUGCUAUGAUUACAUAGAACGCACUUCACGAUUCAUGACAAGUAUACGUCAAUACAAUGUCUGUUUUGACAGCUAUUCCAUACAAAUUGUUUAGAAGUUAGAACACGAAAACUUCUCCAACUCUUUAGAACAUUAAAGUUAAUAAAGUACUUGUUACCAUGGUAACAAUGUUAUUUCCAUAAUUGUACUGUGAAGUAAUACACUGUACUAAGUUUGAUCCACGUUUUAUAUUCAUAAUUUAAUGGGCAUGUAAGGUAAUUUGUUGUAGUAUGGAAAGACCAUACUAACACAAAUUGUUUUUAUCAGUUACGUUACUGAAAGCUAACCGUGAAGUGCGUACAUCUCUCCAUCAGACUUCUACUUUCUAUGAAAACUAUUUUCCUAUAUGCGCAUGUCAUGUAAAUACAUUUUAAGAUAUAAGUUUAAUAAAUUAAUUGUAAAUAAAA